GGGGGUGAUCACGGAGAAGGCCCCCUCUCUCGUUCCCACCAGCCACGCUUGUGACAGGGUGGGACUGAGAGCAGGGCCUCCCGCGCUGACCGAAGUGCCCAAGAUGGUCUGUACAGGGAGAUGUGAUUUGACAAAUAGCCUGGGCCUGAGCUGUUCAGAAGAGGUUGCCAUGGUCUUCCUCUGAGGUUGAAAAGUUGUGACUUGCCCAAGAUCACUCAAUGUUUUUGCAUGGAGAUUCAAACUAUGGUCUCCCAAGUCUUAGUUCAACACCGAAACCCCUAUACCGGGCAUCCUCAAACUCCGACUCUCCAGCUGUUUGGGCCUCUAACUCCCAGAAUUCCUAACCAUUGAACAAGCUGACUAGGGCUUCUGGGAAUUGGAGUCCAAAACAGCUGGAGGGCCAGAGUUUGCUUAUGCCUGUCCUAUACCAUCCUGGCGCCCUGAUAUCAACACUUCUUUAAAAUGACUGUUCUUGUGCAUAUGCACUGAAUGUGAACAUUAACAUUGUGUAGCAGUCCAAAAGGAAACUCUGUGACAUUAGAUGAAGAAGGAAUGAUGUUGAUCAGCUGGGACAGAAUAAGAUGUGGCAGUUGCUCUACAGGUAGUGGAUUUGUCAUCUUCUGUUUGGAGUCUAGAUAUCCUAUCUAUUUUUAGAGCUUAAGUAUAUGCUAAGCUUCUUGGCCGUGAAGAACACUUUGCUUCUCUUGAAACCUGCUGCAAGCUGAGUUCAGAAAAGAGAGCAAAAAUAUUAUACUCGAACUUCUUUUAGGCUUAAAACCUAUUUCUAAUCCAGCUAGAAUCUGAUCAGGAUUUUUAGAACGUCUGACUUGACAUUCAUCAGUUGUUUUAAUAGGUCUACAAUAGGAAAUGGAUUUAGGACAAGUUUAAAAGGAAGUGCUUCUUUUACACCUUUAACUUUAGUAUAUAAUAGACGGUAAAGCAAAGGUCAUAAUGUCCUAAUACUGAUCUGACUGAAUUUUCUUGAAAGUCCUGCAAAUAGAAAAGAAGACCGAAAAUACUUCUAUGUUUGAUUAAUGUUGAUUGGCUAGUGCAGGACUUAGGGAGGAGACAGAGAUGGUCUGGACUUUCUCUGGGCCCUGAACAGAUUUUGGGCUUGCAUUGUAAAUCCAAUUUCAGUGGGAGAGUGAAGAGCAUUUUAAAAUCUGCUCCACUGGAAUAAAGGAAACUACAAAGGGGUCAACUUGAGCUAGGCAUGUUCCUUAUAUUCAUCUGGUGUUUUCUUCUGAGCAAACAGUAAACACUAAUGUUUACUUUGUGUUUCUCUAGCAUUUUAAAAGGCAAAACUUCUGGACAACUGGCAGAAUGUACAUGUGAGUGUACAUCUUUUGCACUAUGUCCAAGAAGAGUCGCACAAAGAGAGAGAAGACUGACAUGGAGGUUGAAGCUAUCCAAGCCGCUUAUGAGGAAUUGAAAAUUAAAUUGAGCAACACCCAGAUUGAAUAUCAGCAGGAAAAACGCAAGUUGAGUAAACUGAGAGAGAAGUUGCAGGAAGUAAAACAAGAGCGAGAACAAGAUCAGCACAAACACAAAGCCUACAUAUCUGAACUGAAGGCUAAACUCCAUGAGGAGAAAGUGAAAGAACUCCAGGCUCUCAGGGAAGGUCUGAUUAGGCAACAUGAACAAGAGAUGGCUCGCAUGGUGAAAAUAAAAGACAGUGAAAUCCAACGAUUGCAGUCCACCGUGAAUAUGUUGCGAGAUGGAGCAGCUGACAAAGUGAAAACUGCCUUGUUAAAUGAAGCCAGGGAAGAAGCCCGAAAACUGUUUGAUAACGAAUGUAUAAAGAUGCAGCAAGAGAUACUAGAACUCAAAUCAGGUAAAAAACAGUUGGAGGAAGCCUUGAGUAACAUCAUGCAGGCAGAUAAAAUGAAGGCGGCUGACCUGCGCAUGGCCUACCAAUCACAUCAAGAUGAGAUUAAUAGGAUAAAGCGGGAAUGUGAAAGGGACAUCCGCAAGCUGAUGGAUGAGAUAAAGAGUAAAGACAGAGUGAUUCUGGCUUUAGAAAAGGAUCUGGGUGCUCAAGCAGGCCAUACACGGAAGUUGCUGCUUCAGAAAGAAGCACUGGAUGAGCAGCUCCUUCAAGUCAGAGAAGCAGAACGAUACCAUAGCAGCCCAAAGAAAGAACUUCCUCUUGGAGCAGGAGACAUCAACGAACUGGAACAACAUAUGGAUGAGAGAGACCUACGAAGAUUUCAACUAAAAAUUGCAGAACUUAAUGCUGUAAUACAGAAACUAGAAGACAGAAAUACACUUUUAGUGGAUGAAAGGAACGAAUUGUUGAAACAAUGUCGAGAAAUAGAAAUCCAGUUUAAGCCUCUUGUAGAAAAAAACAAAAGACUAAAUAAAAAGAAUGAACACAUGCUGCAAAAUAUACAAAGAAUGGAAGAAAAAAUUAUCAAGCUAUCCAGAGAAAAUAUGGAAAUAAAAGAAAAGCUGUCUGUUCAGCCAACUUUGAGAAGGCAUACUUCAUUGAAUGACCUCAGCAGAAGACGUGAAGAAAAGGAGAUUGAAUUUCUUAAACUGCAAAUCAUCCAACAGCAGAAUCGUAUUGAUGAUCUCACAGAGGACCAGGAAGAAUUGUUACAUUCUAAGAAACAGAGAAGAAAAAAUCUGAAAUCCACAAAGAAUCAUAUUACAGAGACAUGUUUUGGAUUUGAGGAAGAAUCGGCCGAUUCCGAAACAUCAUCAGUGACUUCCUAUAGCACAGAUAAAACUGACAGGACUCAUACUACAGCAAAAGACUUGGAACAUAACACACCUGAAGAAGCUGACUUGCGGUUCUGUCAACUAACAAGAGAAUAUCAAGCUUUGCAAAGAGCGCAUGCAUUGCUCCAGGAGCAAGUUGGGGGAACCCUGGAUGCAGAAAGAGAAGCUAGGACACGUGAAAUACUGGAAGGAGAUCUUCUCAAAUGUCAAUCAAAAAUUGAAGACUUGGAGAAAGUUCUUACUGAGAAAGGACAAGUAAAAUGGUUUCUGCGUGGUUUCUGCCAGUUCAUUCUUUCUUCUGCCUGCACAGCUGCCCUCAUCAUCAUAAUUGCUGCCUGGUACCUUUCUGUGACUGAUGGUGUGCACUAGCUGCAAUUGAAAAAUACUUGUUCAGAACCAGUUAAGAAAACAUUAAGGGCGCUUCUAAAUGGACCGCUAAUGUGGUCCUGAUCUAACAUACAGGAUGCUGGAUUGGGCCCACAUGGAGUCUGCACAGGAACUUCUUCAGCCGUCUCGGAGGUGGGAAGCAAGGAGCACCCUAAGGGACAAAAAAAUCGUAUCCACUUCAUACUGGCCUCAAUUAUGACACAUUAAAUUUGUGAUAAUUUGCAUCCCAAGCUGUUCUUUGGCUCAUAACCCACUUUAAAAAGAAUUGCCUUUUGCCCCUCACUUUGGUUAAAGGUCAAUUUUGAGGCUUGUUUGUUUGUUUGUUUUUAGUGUAGCCAUCAUAGACGGCUGCUUAUUUGAACUAUUGGGGGAGUGGCCUGAUCUGGCUGUUGAGAUGUGACAAGGACCAACAAGUUACAUGAUCGUUCCUGCCAGUGCAAAUAAAGAUUUCCCCCCGGUAUAGAUAUACCCUUAGAUUGCAAUCCUGAGAACGUACCUAUUUCUAUUUAACCAAUUUCUAUUCAUUUUCCAAGAAAGUUUGUUUCUUGUGCUUUUUUGGGGUGAUACUUGAGUGUUUUGUUUCUUGGCAAAAGGUUAUGUCUUUCUAUAAGAAAAUUGUUGAGUAUCUAGAGAUCUAGUUCAGCCCAAGACUAUGGGCAAAUUAGACUUUUGAGAAAUAUGAACAGUAGCUACUUUAUUUUUCACCCUUACACAUAGGUAAAGGUAAAGGUUUCCCCCGAUGUUAAGUCCAGUCAUGUCUGACUGUGGGGGUUGAUGCUCAUUUCCAUUUCUAAGCCAAAGAGCUUGUCCGUAGACACCUCCAAGGUCAUGUGGCCGGCAUGACUGCAUGGAGCGCCCUUACCUUCCCGCUGGAGCGGUAUCUAUUGAUCUACUCACAUUGGCAUGUUUUGGAACUGCUAGGUUGGCAGAAGCUGGAGCUAACAGCGGCCGCUCACGCUGCUCCCGGGGUUUGAACCUGGGACCUUUCGGUCUGCAAGUUCAGCAGCUCAGUGCUUUAACACACUUCGCCACCAGGGUUCCUACACAUACACUACACAUACCCUUACACAUACAUUAACACAAAAGAGCUACACACCGCCUAAGUGCAGAUUUGCUUCUAGCUGACCCAGUAAAGACAGGGAAUCAUUUUUGUGGAAUUUCUUUGUAAUGCGAUUCUGCUAAGUGUUUAUACAUUCAAAUGUUAGGCUGAAAACAAAUAUCCAUGUACCUUUUAUAAAAUCUGAAUGUAAUAUGAAAGAAUCCAAAAUAUCUCAAUUAAAAAUUAAUAUUGUAGCAGUGUGUACAUUGAUGAUAUAGUUCUCUGUCCAUUUUAAACAGUACCAGAUGUUCCAUGUUGUGUAUUGUUUUAUUCUGUAUUAGCAUCAAAAAUAAUUGAACCAUUUGGUUUAUGGGGCCAUUGUAGCAUAGCUACUGGAACAAUCCAUUCUGAAAACACAUUUUCACACUGAAUUACUUUUGAAUGUAAUUGGUGAGAGUGCCUCCUUUGUUUUUCCCCCUGAAGAUAUCUUAUAUUCAUAUAAAAACAUUGAGUUUUCAAAACAUGUUGAUUUCACUUAGAGGUCCUAAAUACAGACUGUCUCUCUGGAGCUAAAAAUCCAAGCUGUAACAGAGAAUCUCACAAGGCUUGUCAAGCCCACAGACUUUUACCCUGUCUUUUUAGUCCAUAUGAGAACCAAUAACACUGCAAGGCAAAGCCUUGGGGAGACCACAUGGGAUUAUGACACUGUGGGAUGGGAAGUUGAAGAAACCCUUGUCUGCAUGAAUACACUCCCUCAGAUAACUCUUUUUAAAGCCCUCCUGGUACGUUUGUGAGAUUCUUAGCAAAAACAUUACUACCAACCUUUAUGAUAGUACAAGCCACCCCUUGCCAGAAGCCCAACUUUAUUAAAUUUCAAUCAUAGUAAAGGUAAAGGUUUUCCCCUGACAUUAAGUCUAGUCGUGUCCGGCUCUGGGGGUUGGUGCUCCAUUUUUAAGCUGAAGAGCCGGCAUUGUCCAUAGAUACCUCCAAGGUCAUGUGGCCGGUCCAAGUCAAAGAAGCCAAACUGGCUUAAAAGUGAGAUGGAGGGUGCCAGAGACCAAAACGAGUUCUUGGAAUUCUGUAUUUUAGAACUGGAAAUUAUAUAUUCGCUCAGUUGUAAACUCUCAAAUAGAGCAUAACCUGUAUUUGAACUAAAACUACAAUAUAUAUUAUAUUGACUAGCACUCAAUCAGAGAAACUUCACCAGAUUAUUCUAAAUCUAUUGUAAUGUUUGAGCAGAAAAUGUCAUGACACUGCUAAUGAGGUUUUGGAGGGAAUGCUCAUUGUACAUUUUAUGUACAGUAGUCUGUUUUUCAGCCAAUAAAUUUAUUCAAUGCUUGUGUUUA